AUGCAUCUCUCCUUACUAAGCCUGAGUGUAUUGGUCUCUUAUGUCCUCGCCUCGCCUACUGGAAACUAUGUUAUCCACGAAAAGCGCGAUGCCACUCCUAUGGGCUGGAGCAAAGCCGACCGCCUCGACCGCCAUGCCCUGAUUCCGAUGAAAAUCGCCUUGACUCAACGCAAUAUUGAACAAGGUGCCGACUACCUGCAUGAGGUCAGUCACCCAGAGUCUGCCAAGUACGGUCAACACUGGACUGCUCAGGAGGUCGCAGACCAUUUCGCGCCCAGUGAUGAGACCAUCUCGUCUGUUAUGGACUGGUUGAUUGCUUCUGGUAUCUCCUCCGACAGCGUCAAGUUGAGCAAAGGCAAGAACUGGAUCAACCUUGAAGCUUCAGUCGACCAAGCAGAAUCUCUGCUCAACACCAAGUACCACAUCUACGAGCACGGUGCUACCGGUCAGCCCCACAUUGGCUGCGACGAGUACAGUCUCCCCAAGCACCUCAAAGAUCACAUUGACUUUGUUACUCCCUCGCUUCACUUCGACACCAGAGUCAGAGAGCGUUCUGACAAGCUUGACAAGCGUGAGGUGACGCCCGAUACUGGCAAGUCAAUCGGUCAGCCGGGUAGCUGGAGCACCCCUCACCUGGGCAAGUACAUCAACAAGUCGCAAUUCAUCAAGGAACUGGAACAGUGUGACGAACAGAUCACUCCCAACUGUCUCAAGGCUCUUUACAAGAUUCCCAAGAGCACUGGUAAGAGUGUGAAGAACAGCUACGGUAUUGUCGAGUACACUCCUCAGGCCUACGUUCCUUCUGAUCUCGAUCUGUUCUUCGCCAACUUCUCGGAGAAGCAAGUAGGGGAUCGUCCCAUCACUGACCUUGUAGAUGGAGCUACUGUUCAGCAAACUCAGAUGGGUUUCAACUACAAUGGCGAAAGCAACCUCGAUCUCGAGUAUGCCAUGGCCUUGAUUUACCCCGAGAAAGUGACUCUGUACCAAGUUGGUGAUUUGGUCGAGGGUGCAUCCUUCAAUAACUUCCUUGACGCCAUCGAUGCUUCAUACUGCACAUACGAAGGCGGUGACGAUCCGUCUCAGGACGGUGUCUUCCCUGACCCGUACAAGGGCGGCUACAAGGGCAAGGAGGAUUGCGGAACAUUCGCACCUACCAAGGUCAUCAGCACAUCCUACGGUUACAACGAAGCCGAUCUCACACCCUUCUAUGAGAAGCGUCAGUGUGAUGAGUACAUGAAGCUCGGUCUCAUGGGUACCAGCGUGUUGUACAGCAGUGGCGAUUACGGUGUCGGCGGCAACAGCGGUCAGUGUAUCGCAGCCAACGGAACCUACAACUCUGGAAAAGAUGGCCGCUUCAACCCCUCUUUCCCCGCUACUUGCCCCUAUGUGACUGCCGUUGGAGCCACUCAAGUCAUUCCUGGUACGAACAUCAUCACCGCCCUUGCCAGUGGCACUCAACCUGAAGAGGCUUGUGAGACUGUCAUCUACUCUGGUGGUGGCUUCAGCAAUGUCUUCGACCUUCCCAGCUACCAAUCAUCUGCUGUCAAGUCUUGGUUCAAGAACUUCCCCCCACCAUACGGCGCCGACCGCUUCAACAACACACAGAAGACUCGCGGCUUCCCUGAUGUCUCCGCCAAUGGAGCCAAUUACGUCGUCGCUAUUGACGGAACCUUUGCUCUCGUCUACGGUACUUCUGCUUCUUCGCCUACAUUCGGUGCUAUCCUCACCAUCAUCAACGAAAGACGUCUCCAGGCUGGUAAGAGCAGUAUCGGUUUCAUUAAUCCCACCCUCUACGCUCAUCCUGAGGUUCUGAACGAUGUCACUCAAGGAGGUAACCAAGGUUGUGGUACUCCCGGUUUCACUGCCAGCAAGGGAUGGGACCCGGUCACUGGCCUCGGUACUCCCGACUCCGUCAAGAUGCUGAACUUGUUCAUGAGCUUGCCUUGA